GGGUCUUCCUGUGCGAUCACCGUAGCGACGGAAGAGAAUGACAUACCUGGCCAAAUUAGCGACCGCUCUCACUGCCAAGCGGCUGCUGGAUCAUGUCACCGUCACAUUACCUCACCCACCGCCUGUCGCAGAACAGCUUACUACCAUUCUCUUGGGAGCACACUGUUGUCCUCGGUGUGUGCUGAGGUUUUUGGGUGUGAGGGAUAGGAACGUCCACGCAAACCUAUUAGCGUUAACAAGAGAAUGGAGUGGACUGCCUUUUGGCGGGCAGCACGUGAAUGGAGAGACCCAGGCAGAGGAGGUUGGAGUGGAGGGGGAGGCGGAGUCGGAAGACGGCGUGGAAGCAAAGAGACUGAAGCUAGAGAUAGAAGACGGAAAAACUGUUGGUGUCCCUAACCCAACAUCACCCGCAAAUCCUGUGAUGCAAACCGCACUACCAAUGCCCUCCAAUGAUUCAGCACCCCAACGGACCUGUUCUGCGUGUCUAGGACUUUUACAGUGCGACCACCACGACCUUGCUGGAAAGGCCUUUAAGCUCUUUCAAAGCGAAGGGUACUCGCUCGGCUCCAAUAACAAAACCUUUCUCUUGAGCAUGCGAUUACCUCCGCAGCUUGCAAUUCGUCAGAGAUCGUUUGUACUGCUGGUGGAAAAAGAGAUGGGGGCGGACAUGAUUGAUGGUUCCGUCUCAGUUGAGGUCAAAGAGAUAUUGAAGUAUUUAAUAUCGGAUGCGUUUGCUGAGACGUCCAGUAUAACGUACGAUCCAGAGAGCCCGUUCUCGUUGACUGUGCAUUAUGAUCACCCGCAAACAAAGAAGGAAUAUGAAUUCAUGACCAAAAUUCCAGAAGCUGACUUCAAAAUUAAGACGUCACGUCAAAAGGGGCAAAUUCUUGUUCAUGGCACCUCUUUUGAAAAGAUCGCGAAAUCGGUUGAUAAACUCUCGUAUACACAUUUUGCAGAUGCGGCGAUGUGUCCUCCGCCAAUAGUGACAAAGCCUCCUCGAUUGGUUGAGCUAGGACUGCAGCAUGCUCCCAUCUACGUCGCAGGUCGCUACCUGAAGCUUCAGCGUCACAUUAGCAACUCUCCAUGGGAAAUUGGCGGCAAGCGAAUGACCGAGCAUUCUGUGGAGGAACUGAUUGCGAACAAAGUGGACGCAUUUUUCCGUAAUGAUGGACACAAAUUCUAUUCUUCUGGGCGGGAGGAUGCCGAUGUGCUCAUGCUUGGACGGGGCCGACCAUACUAUCUGGAGUUGGUCAAUCCCCGACGCGUGGAGGCAUCUGAGACCGAAUUGAAGGCAUUGCAGGACACGAUCAAUAAAGAAGCGAACGGGAUGGUACUGUCAAGGGAUAUGCAAAUUGUGCCGAGAGAGGAGACUAAAAUCUUAAAAGAUGCCGCUAAUACAAAGUCAAAGAGUUACUCAACGCUUGUGAAGCUGGCUUCACCGGUGACGGCCGAAGCUUUGGAUAAAGUAUCCAAAAUAAGGGACCUUGCUAUCAAGCAGCAAAAUCCGACUCGAGUACCACGCCGAGCGGACCUAAUGCGAGAUAAGGUCAUCGAAUCCCUUCGGGUGUACCCAGCUGCCCCAACAACUGUUUCACCGACCGAUGAAGUCCGUGUCGACUUGCGCACGAGCGCCGGAACGUAUGUUAAAGAGUUUGUUCAUGGGGAUAAUGGACGUACGAAUCCGAAUUUGGCCAGCUUGCUUGGUGUAGAGUGGGCCAAGGUUUUGGAGUUGGAUGUGCUGGAGGUACACUUGGAUUGGCCCAAACAGAUCGAUUCGGAGAUAGCACCGUUGAUAUAGACAGGCAGAACACAAAUGUGUAGAUUUUCAUGUAUUUAAUAGCGCGGUUGUAGCAAUAUCUACCUUCAUAUAAAAAUGCAUUUCAUCUAGAACGGCAAACCAAACAAAAACCCGAUCCCGACAGUUCAUCCUAAAAGAUUUGAUUUUCCAACUGCAUACCCAACGGCAGCGGCCGCAGCAGCGAAGCCAACCAGCCAUCCCACUACCUUGUUGUCAAUCAACGAAAGGCCCC